AUGUUGUCGACGUUGUGGCUGAGUCUUCUCAUUGCCUUCGGCUUUUUUAUUGUCACCACUCUUCGCGGUCGGAAAAGAUAUCCGCUGUCCCUUCCUCCAGGUCCUAAACAGCAACCCAUAAUUGGAAAUCUGAAGGAUCUACCAACCCCAGACCAACAAGAUUGGAUGCACUGGCUAAGACAUAAGGAACUAUAUGGACCAAUCAGCUCACUCACAGUACUGGGAAGACAUAUUAUCAUCCUCAACGACGCCAAAUUGGCCGUGCAGCUACUAGAGAAGCGCUCAGCUAUACACUCCUCGCGUCCAAAAAAUGCGUUUACUGAAAUGUCGGGGUGGGAUUUAGUCCUUGGGGCACUCAUAAACCCAGACCAUGUUAGAAAGACACGAAAACACCUGUAUCAAGAGAUGGGUUCAAAGAAUUCGGUUGCUCGCUUCAACGAUACUCAGGUAGCAGAGGUCGCUCGCUUCUUAGUGCGGGUAUUGGAUCAGCCAGACAACCUCCAGCACCACAUACGGAAAGAAGCUGGAGCAAUUGUCUUGAAAAUUGGCUAUGGAUAUACUAUUGAACCACAUGCUCGUGACCCUCUUGUGGAUCUAGCCGACAAGGGGAUGGAGGACUUUUCCUAUGCGUUGCUUCCAGCAACAUGGGCGGUGGAGUUUAUCCCAAUAAUGAGAUAUCUCCCGGCCUGGUUCCCUGGGGCAGGAUUCGUGAAGAUUGCGCAAAACUAUAAGUCCAGAUCAGAGGCAUUCAGUGGUGUGCCGUACGCAUUUACCAAGCAGCAAAUGGCUAAGGGUCAAUUUGUGCCGUCCUUCCUGUCCAAUCUUCUUCAACAAAAUCCUGUGGAGCCGGGGACUGAAGAAGAAAUGGUCAUUAAGUGGUCAGCUGGCUCUUUAUAUGCCGGAGGCGCCGAUACAACUGUCUCCUCAAUUGCGAGCUUCUUCCUCGCCAUGGCCCUUUUUCCUGAGGCACAACGCAAGGCUCAGGAGGAAAUCGACACAGUGCUUGGGAGUAAUCGACUACCCCAAUUCCAAGAUCGAGACGACCUUCCAUAUAUCAAUGCACUAGUCAAGGAGGUUCUCCGAUGGCAUCCAGUUGUACCUAUGAGUGUGGCACACACGUCAACACAGGACGAUACAUGCGAGGGUUACUUCAUCCCCAAGGGAUCUUCGAUUCUUACAAAUGUCUGUCUUGGAUAUCCCAGGGCAUAUACGCAUGAUCCAACCGUCUAUCAUGACCCGAUGAGCUUCAAGCCGGAGCGCUUUUUGACCACCCCCGACCGCAAAGUCCCAGAGCGCGAUCCGCACAUGCUCGUAUUCGGGUUCGGUCGUCGCGCAUGUCCCGGGCGCACACUAGCAGACGCCAAUGUUUUCCUCACAGUCUCGCAGGCUCUGACUGUUUUCAGCAUCUCAAAACCGAUAGAAAACGGAGUCCCUCAGGAUAUUCCACUCAAGUUUCUCCCGGGUGUCAUCAGCCAUCCAGCUCCGUUCAAGUUGUCGAUCCGGCCGCGAAGCGCAAUGCACGAACAACUCAUCCGAGAACUCGGUAAACAACAUCCUUGGGAGAAAAGUGAUGCUGAGUUUAUCCCGACUGUGUGA